AUGCUUCCAUUUCUUGAUACUCUUUUACGUUUAUAUGCAAAUAAAUACGAACAUCCUAAAGAAAAAUUGAUCGUUUUGGUUCAUUGGACUUUUUUAACUAGAGAUUUUUUAAUUGUAAAGGACUAUGGAAAUAAGGAAAUUAUGGAUUGGAUAAAAAGCGAGAAAAAUUCAAUCGAUGUUGAUUAUUUUCGAGACGAUUUGGUCAUACAAACCGAACAAUAUUUUGAUGAUGAAAAUUUUUUUAUUCAAUUUAAAAUGAAAAAUGAUGAAAAUAAUCAAUUACUUUUACAAUUACCAUUAAAUGAUUAUUUGAAUCAUAAUGAUGGGUAA